GCUUGCCAUACCCGCCCAGCCAGUUAAAUGCCGCGGGGCGCGCGCGCUCGCCUCAGUCUGCGCGAGCUCUCAGUCUGACAGCUCCGUUCCGGGCUCCGGUGUUCGCCUCCGAGGACGACCUCUCCCUGGACCCAGACGCCGGACCGACCCGCGGAUCCAGAACCAUGGCUGCCAGCUAUUUAUCCCUCCCUGCCCCCCCCUCCCUGACCCCAUCAUGCCUAUUCUUAAGAACAUCCCUCUGCGCCUGAAAGGCGGCGGUCCAACUCUAGACAACGCCUUGAUCAUCCGCAGGAUGAGCCUGAACAUAACCCCCCGCCAUAACCCCUUUGAAGACGACGACGACGACAGCUUCCACGGUGGCCACGGCGACCACUGGUCCCCCGCCAGCUCCCUCCUGGACGGCGACGCGCCGAGAGACAGGAACCCGUUUGAGGAUGAGGAGGAUGAGAACGAGGCGAACGAGGGUAAAAAAGGAAGUGCAGGAGGAAACGGAUCGGCGAAGGGGUCUUUCAAGUUCAUGUCGCCGCUGAAGAGCCUCAGCAAGCUGGGGAAGAACCUGAGGGUGUCGGGGCGGAGCAAAGGAAGUGACACGGUGUCCCCCCAGGGGUCGCUGCAGGGAACACCUUCUCCUUCAGCGAAGAAGAAGAGGGGCCGGAGGAGCUCCGAAGGAAGUCUGCUCAGGUUUGCUGGGAAAUACCGCGACGGCCUCGGAUCCCGUAAGGAGUCGUUCACCAACGGCGAGCCCAACUGCUCAGAGAGCGAGUGCGACUCCACCAGCCGCCGCGUGUCUUUCAUGAAGAUGGUGGGUUUGGGGAAGAUCAAGAGGGAGUCUGGGGCCGAUCGCUCGUCCCAGAGCCCAGAGGAGCAGCCGGCGCCGGAAGAGGAGGAGGAGGUGGAGGAGGUCGUCAAACCCAGAGAGCCGCUGUCGGUCCUGGAGAUCCUGCAGCUGGUGAAGAAGCGGGACCUGUUCCUGGCCGACACCCACAUCCUGGAGCUGGAACGGGAGUGCACCGAGUCCGCCGCUGCUGAGCCGGAGGACGCCACCAGCCCCGGCGUCAAAGACGGCGGGCGCAGGAAGGCGAAAGACGUGGAGCUGCUGUACGAGGAGCUGCAGAAGGAGCUGUGGGCCGUGGUCCGGGAGUCGCUGCGCUCCCCAACAGCCGGGCCCAACCUGGGACUGGUGGUUCAGGUCCUGCAGCAGGAAGAACAGGCCGACAAAGAGUGGGCCCUCAGUGAAACGGUGGCCCCCGGGGGCCCCAGGCCUCGGCGCCUGAAGCGAAAGUGGAGGGAGGCGGUGGAGGAGGCGGCUGACGGCUGCCUGCCUCAGCGGGCCGAGUUCACGGCCGGAGAGCUGGACAAGUACCUGGACCGGCUCCGAGUGAGGGUUGUGGAGGACCUGGGGGCCGCCAACAGGAACGUGGUCUCCAUCUACCCCGAAGAGUUCCAGCCGUUCCAGGUCUACGUGGAGAGUUACCACCAGGCGGCUGCAGGUCGACUGAAGGCCAUCGCAGACAACCAGCUGGAGAUCACAGACAUCUACUCCCUGCUGGACUGGCUGCACAACAUUUACAACCGCGACGUCCUGGGGACCGUGGCCAUCACGUGUGCGUUCAGCCGCGCUCCGCUGUGUCCGCUGCUGCCCUCAGAGACCGUGGACAAACUGGAGCUGGACUGUCUGAACUCCGUCCGGGUGAAGGUGACCACAGAGCUGAGUCAGCUGCUGGACGAGGAGGAGAAGAGAUGGACGGAGACGCAGAGCGUGGAGGAGUACCAGAUCGCUCUCUCCAAAACCGUCAUACAGAGGCUGCAGGUGGACCUGGAACGCUCCGCCGCCAUCAACAGGAGCCUGGGAUCCAGAGUGGCCCAAUGCAGUCUGAACGGACUCGCCGACUUCCUCUACAGCUUCCAGAGGAAGGUGGAGAUGUUCCACGAAGGCGUGCAGAGCGGCCCGUCUGAGGACAACCAGGACGGUUACGUCACCAGAACCAUCGCCUUCGUCAACUGCUGCCCGCCGUUCAGAGGCUUCGUGCAGCGCUGGGCGCAGUCGGACCCGGCCGUCAGCGACGACUCUCUGCGGCGGGCCAACAGGUCCCUGGAUCACAUCGAGCAGCAAGGCGUGCGGGUUCUGUCGGAGCGCCUCUUCCUGCACAUCCGGCCGUUCUUCGAGCGCCUGGUGAAGAGGAAGUGGCUGAGCAACACGGAACCGUAUGAGCAGAUCGAAGCAAUCCUCAAGGAGGACUUCAAGAAAUACCGCCGGAUGGACAGUCCUCCAUACCAGCUGCUGGUGGCAGAGGUCCACAGGCGGGUGGUGAUGGAUUACCUGCGGUCGGUGAUGCGAGGCCGAAUCAUCUGCACCUCCGUGAAGAUGAGGAGGAGGAUGGCUGGCCGGCUCCGAGACGAAGGCAAACAGAUCAAGCUCCUCUUCAAAGACCUGGAGUCUCCUUCCAGCUGGUUGGACGGCGCUCUGGCUCACAUCUCUGAGCUCAUCCAGCUGGAGGACGUCCCUUCCAUCCAGAUGGAGGUGGGGGUUCUGGUCCGAGAGUUUCCAGAUGUCAGGAAGAAGCACGUGUCGGCCAUCUUGAACAUUCGGGGGAUGACCCGGCAGUCGGAGCGUCAGGAGAUCCUGAACAUCGUCAAAGACAUUGAGAGUAGCGAUGCUGGCCCCGCCCCUCUGGCCCGAGACCGCGCCCUCUUCUCGGAGGUGCCGGUCACCUCUGAGGUCCACUGCCUGAAUGUGGGGCUGAGCCGACUCGCCCUCACCGCUUCGUCCUGCUUCAGUCUGCUGCGACCUCGCCGCCCCAAAACCCGGACGCCCGUCCAGGAGAACCCAGACGAUGGUCUCUGAGUCCAGAGGUUCUGGACCAGAGCUCUGGUUCUGAUCGGAGGGGAUCUGAGCUUCUUCUUGAGGUUGAGCUCAGAAACUCAGCAGAGAUCUGGUCCCAGUCAAAUAUCUGAGGGUUCCUGUAGAUGUUUCUCCCAGUUGUUCUACGUCCAACAAAAACCCGGUCUUCAGAAAACAGCCCCUAGAAUCCUGAAGCUGAGCAGAACCUCACGAGGUUCCACAACCGGGAUGCUUGGUCUCUGAAGACCCUCAUCUGGUUCUUUAUCCAAUCAGACGUUCUCCCAUGAAAAGGUUCCACACUGGACGCCUCGGCGGACUCGGUCCGGACCCACAGGACUCCUGAUCCUCCAGGAGUUUCAGCCGAUUCUGCCGGAGCUCCUGGAGUUUCUCCCGUAGGUGACGGACCGGAAGGUUUGAAUCAAAGGUACGAUGGAGUCUGACUGCAGACCCUAUUUAAGACCUGGAGCUUCUCCGUUCCUCCCUGAACAGAACCACGGUCACGGCUUCUGCAGAACGUUCUCUAGAUGUCUGUGUGGACGUGGACUGAGCUGUCACAGAAAACAUUACAAUGAUUUUUGUUUAGCUGAUCGCAUUUUAACAUGUCAGACUAAUCCUGGUGUUUUUCCCCAUCAUGCGUUGCGUGAUUAUCUGAUCCUUGAGCAGCAAUAAAACAUUUGCAGUGGUUGAA